UCCAGCAGAAGACCUUCCGCCGUCCUCCGAAGAUGCAGGCCUUAACGGCUCCUCUGCAGCAGUUCAUCGGUGCAGUCAAAGACAACGGCAACAGCCUCAUUUUCAGCGUUCUCAUUUUCUGUUUCCACGAACAAAACAGCACAUUCCCAUGCACCUGUAAACCUCAGGCCUCCUACUGCACCACCUACAUGGUUUGUCCGUUUUUCAUCAUCACCAGUCUGAUGCUGCUGACCGACCAGGCCUUUCGCAGAGCGUGGAGAUACACCACCACAAAGGGCUGUCAUUUCGGUUUGGUUUUGUGUCGCCGUGUGGUCAAAGCGGUGUGCAUCGGCAGCCUGUGGGUGGUAUCGGUGCUGAUCAGAGCCGACUGGUACGUCUGCUGUUGGAAUCCAAACUCCGUAUCUGUGGCUCGCCUACAAUGUCAAUCUCAAGUUGUCACCAAUCCUGAUGUUGUAACCGUCAAAGAAAUGGAGAUCAAUUCACGGAUGUAUGGAAUGGCUUUGCUCCUGGGCAUCACGGUGAUGGCGGCCUUGUUGCUGCCGGCGUGGACCGUCUUCACCAAAGGUAAAGAUGCUGAAGGUAAAGGUGGAGGAUGCUGUUCGAGUCAAGUUCAGGUGGACGAGCUGCUUCUGGAAGUGCAGGAAGAAAUCUUAACGAAAACUAUCAAAGAAAAACAAACAAAAGUGAUGACUGAGAGUCUGAACUCGCACAUCUCCAAAGGAGACUGGGUGAGAUGUUUCCACGUUGUUGAUGACUUCAUUGAUGAACAUCCUCCAGUCGUUGCCGAGCUAAAUUAUGCUCAGCUGCUGCGGAAUGCUGAAACAGAGACUUCUGCCGGCCGACAAGAUAUUCCUCUGCAAAGACAGGAUGAAGAGGAAAGACAGGAAUCUGCAGAGAAUCAGGAAAAGAAGAAGAAGGAUGAAGAGGAAAGACUGAAAUCUGCAGAGAAUCAGGAAAGCAGCAAAACACAGGACGGCAAAGACGCAGAGACGCCGAUGUGACCACAGAAAUCAUGACAACAAACAUUCAUUCAUCAGUGGGAGAGACUGAGGUAGCAACGGCAAGGAGCAGGAUUCGAACCAGCAACCCUCUGGUUAUUGGAGGACCUGCUCUACCUCCUGAACCACAAUUAAAGGAAUAUAGUAGAAAAACUACUCAAAUGAACAAAAUAAUUAAUCAAAUGAACACAAUUAUCAAUGAAGUGAACAAAAUAAUCAAUGAAGUUAACAGAAUAAUCAAUAAAAUUAGCAAAAUAAUCAAUGAAGUGAACA